AUGUCUUCCCUCCUCGAAGAAGCGUUCGAGGCUCCCCUUCCGCCUCCUGGACCCUCCAGCGUCGCGCCGGCACCUCCAGUCCCCUCCUUCCGCGUCCGUCGCGAGGUGGCCGGCGUCGAGACCGAGCUCCUCAUACAGACGUUUGUCGACCGCGUGUUCGUCUCCGUGAGCCAGAAUGGCAAGGUUGGAUGCCUGACACAAGCCACCCUCCCCGCCGUCCACCCGCUCCUCGCGCCGCCAACCGCGGCCUCGCAGCCCACGGCACUCUCGGCCCUGCCCCCUCCUCCAGCGAGCAUUGCGCUCACUGCGCUCCUCGGCUCGGCGCCAGACCCGACCCUGCAUGACGUGUACGUCUCGCAGAUCGCCACGCUCGUGUGGUGGUCGCUCCAGCUCGCCAGCGCGCCCCGCCGGCCGGUCAUCGUCGGUCUCGCGCUCAAGCGUAGCCCCGGCGACGAUGAGGUCGAUGCCGAGGCUGAGAGGGAGCGCUUUGGCGGCGUCAUGGACCUGGUGGCUGCCUGGCCUGGACCGCAGUAG